CCGGAAGCAGCGUGUGCGCGUUUGACCCCUAGCGUGAGGGAUGUUUCACGUGUAACCAGACAGCACUCACCGGAUUCUCCACUUUUAAGACCUACAUUUGCUUUCCUUUUGGAAAAAUGAGUGCUACAGAGACCAUAGAUGAUGAGAACACCUUCAAGAUUUUGAUUGCCACUGACAUCCACCUAGGCUACAUGGAAAAGGAUGCUGUUCGUGGAAAUGACACCUUUGUGACAUUUGAUGAGAUUUUAAAAUAUGCUAGAGACAAUGAGGUGGAUUUCAUUUUGUUAGGAGGUGAUCUUUUUCAUGACAACAAACCUUCUAGGAGAACACUGCACAGUUGCAUAGAACUUCUCAGGAAGCAUUGUAUGGGUGACCGGCCUAUCCAGUUUGAGAUAUUAAGUGACCAGUCUGUCAACUUUAGCCUGAGCAAGUUUCCCUGGGUUAAUUAUCAGGAUGAAAACAUGAACAUCUCAAUUCCCGUUUUCAGUGUACAUGGCAAUCAUGAUGAUCCCACCGGGGCAGAUGCCUUAUGUGCCCUGGACAUUUUAAGCUGUGCAGGCCUGAUUAACCACUUUGGCCGUGCUUCAUCUGUUGAGAAGAUAGACAUCAGCCCCAUCCUAAUGCAAAAGGGAAGAACGCAGAUUGCACUUUAUGGCUUGGGCUCAAUUCCAGACGAACGCUUAUACCGAAUGUUUGUAAACAAGCAAGUGACCAUGCUCCGGCCCAAAGAGGAUGAGGACAAGUGGUUUAAUCUUUUUGUUAUUCACCAGAACAGGAGUAAACACGGAGCAACCAACUAUAUCCCAGAACAAUUCCUUGAUGACUUCUUGGACUUGGUGUUUUGGGGUCAUGAACAUGAAUGCAAGAUUGCUCCGGAGCGUAACGAACAACAGUUAUUUUAUGUUACUCAACCAGGCAGCUCAAUAGUGACUUCUUUGUCACCUGGAGAAGCUGUACGCAAGCAUGUGGGAUUGCUGAGAAUAAAAGGCAAGAAGAUGAACUUGCAGAAAAUUGAGCUUCAGACUGUGCGGAAGUUCUUCAUUGAGGAUCUUGUUCUAGCUGACUAUGAGGACCUCUUUCAUCCGGAUAAUCCUAAAGUUCUACAGAAGAUUGAGGCCUUCUGUUUUGAAAAGGUGGAGGCCAUGCUGGAUUUAGCUGAACAGGAACGGCUGGGGAACCCUCAACAGCCAGACAAACCACUUAUUAGGCUUCGGGUGGAUUACAGUGGUGGAUACGAACCCUUUAAUGCUUUACGCUUCAGUCAGAAGUUUGUGGAUCGGGUGGCCAAUCCUAAAGACAUUAUUCACUUCUUCCGACACAGAGAACAAAAGGACAAAAAAGAAGAUGAAAAUAUAAACCUCCAUAGCCUAGUAACAAAACCACCAUCAGAAGGCAUGAUGCUGAGAGUUGAAGAUCUGGUUAAACAGUAUUUUGAGACUGCUGAAAAGAAUGUCCAGCUCUCUUUGCUCACUGAACGAGGCAUGGGAAAGGCCGUGCAGGAGUUUGUGGACAAAGAGGAGCGGGAUGCCAUUGAGGAACUAGUAAAGUUCCAACUUGAGAAGACUCAGCGGUUUCUAAAGGAGCGCCGGAUUGAAGCAGUAGAAGACAAGAUUGAUGAGGAGGUUCGUCGCUUUAGAGAAACAAAGAAGAACACUGCAGAGGAAGAAGAGGAUGUUUUAGAGGCUAUCAACAGGGCAAAAUCUCACCGACCUCUUGAAGAGCCAUCUUCUGCCUUCAGUGACCUGGAUGUCGACAUGUUGGAAGAAGCUAAUGCAGAUGACUCAGAUGAAGUUGUUUUAGCUCACACAAGUCGUGGAAGGGGGAGGGGAAGACCUCGUGGACGAGGAGAGCAAACUGCGUCAAGCAGAGGAACAUCAAGGAGAGGCAGAGGAUCUACAAGCCAAGCUGAAUCCAAGUUGACCGGAAGAGGGAGAGGUCGAAAGGCCUCUGCUCCAAGUCCUCUUAAAAAUGCUUCCAUCUUGGACUCUUUCAGGAAUGCUGCCCAGAGACAAAUACGAACACAGAUUCCCAAGAACUAUGAAGAAGAGAUACUCAUUGAUGAUGACUCUGAUGAUGAUACUCCCUUUGCAAAGCCAAAUCAAAGGAAGGAAUCCAUGAAGUCUGCGACUCCCAGCUCACAAAUCUCUCAGAGCAGUAGUCAGACAUCACGAGGUGUUUUUUUUGAAGACAACAGUGAUGAAGAGGAUGAAUAUGACCCCUUUAAGACUACAAAAGGAAAUUCUAGGGGGAGAAGAAAGUAAACUGUUAGCAGUGCACACUUCUUAUCACUUUGGGAGGCACCAAAGUCCAGACAUGCAUUCUAUAUUCAUGAUGGCCUCAUAGACUUUUUUUUUUAACUGGAGGUCUGAAGGAGAUAAAGAUUUCUUGUUGGAGUGCUGAUAACUGCUGUGCUGAUUUCAACUGAUUAGUUCAUAAAAAUACCCGUCUUAAGGUUCAGAUGAUUAUUCUGACAUGGAAAACAGUGCUGCAUUUGAUGUCCAUUCAUGUUCCAGGAGGAUUCCAUGUUAAGAGCACAUCUGCCAGAUAUUUGUGCUUCUGCCAGUCUGAACUACAGGCCACUGCAAAUUCCUUAUGGAUAUUUCAGAAGACAGCAUUAUACAAUUAUUACCUGUGCAGCAAUAAUAAGCAAACUGCUAAUUGUGCAUGAGGAGCAGCAUUAUCAGUUUCUCUGCUGUUUGUUACAGACUUUGGGGCAGCAUUUUAAAAAUUACUUUUUAUUAGCCUGUCUGUGCCGUAAGGUUUUCUUUCUGUGUUUUGCUUUUCUAGGAGUUACACAAAAUUACUUUGCCCUGUGUAGUGGAAAAAUAUAUUGCAUUUAUUCAUUGGGUUUGGACACUUUGUGCAUUUCAUGGUCAUUCAAGUUUUUCACACCAACUAUCACUUGUAAUAAAUAAAAAGUGCUCAAGAGAA